GUCAUUGUGCAAGUCUGUGGGAUAUAUAGCCAGUCCCUCACAUGCUGGAACAUUCUACCGCAGUCUUUAUCGUUUGAAAACUGAUGUCAACCAUGAAGGGCAAGGCCGUGGUGACGACCCUUCUCCUGUCUUUGCUGGCACUGUCUGAGCAGCAAUGUCCACGGUCAUGGACACAGUUCGAAGAGUCCUGCUACAUCAUGCCAGACCAGGCUGUCACGUGGCUGGAAGCAAAGGAAUUGUGCCUGGAGAUCGGGGGACACAUGGUGGAAGUUGACAGUGCUGACGAAAACAAUUUCUUGCUCAGCAUUAUAAAGAAUCACGGAGCGACUAGCUCGUGGAUCGGACUGGAGGAUUUUGCGGAGGAAGGCCAUUUCGUGUGGUCGUCCAGCCAGCGGGUACCUUCCUACACCAACUGGGCCCCUCACGUGCCCGAUGACAUCAAUGGCAAUCAAGACUGCGGGUGGAUCACUAACCACCCGGCGUGGUGGGCCGCUGGCUUGUGGGACGACGGCUACUGCACCGACAAGUUUAACGUCAUCUGUGAACGGUCUCAGUAGUGACCAGUGAGCUGACAGCACAGCAACACAAGGAAAGCACUUGCAGACAUGCCGGCUGUCGUGUCCAGUCUCGCUGUGGACUCGUGUCUUGAUGCCAUCGCGGACCUCAACAUCGGCUACGGAAUAAAACGGUUUAGUGUCA